GAUGCUGCUCGUGGGCGCGAGGACGAGACGACUCCGAGGAUGAUGGUGCCGACGAUGAUGGUGCCGAUGGCGAUGGCGAUGGCAGUUGCGAGGAUGCCGCAAGGCGAACGCUGGGCGUCCGUCUAGCUCGCCCGUGCGAGGAGCUCACGGAGCUGCCCUUCUGCGGGUCGGCAGUCACUGAUCCUGCGACGGUGACGACGGCGACGCCGACGGCCCUGACGAGGACGGCGCGCGGGCAGGGCGCGCGCCGAGCCCGCCCAGGUGGCCCUCCAGAAGUCGCCGCUCCUGAGGCACCGAGCCGGCCUGAUUCUGAUCGACGUGGGCGCGUUCGACGGCACGUCGCUGCUUUCGAUGGGCCUCAGGGCGGGCCUGAACCACUCGGUGCUCGCGUUCGAGCCGCUGGUGGCACACCGCAAGAUGGUCCUCGGGCACCUGGCCGCCAAGGGGCUGCUGGGCACCGUGCAGAUCCUGGACCCAGACCGCCGUACCUGCGACCUGCUCGUCCCCGAGCAGACGCUGGCCAGGAGGCCCCCGGGCGCCGCCGGCGAGCCCGCGGAGCAGGAGCGCGGCGGGUGUGGCUGCCAGGGCGGGUGCCUCGGCCUUGCGCCAGUGGGCUUGUCGGCCGUGGACCACCAGGCGGAGAUCGCGGCCGCCGGAGCGCACGCGUCGGUGACCAUGCGCAGCUUCGGCGGCCUCACUUUCCCGGGCAGCGAGGACGUGCAGGAGGUCCGCCUCCGCGCUGGAGCGCCCAUCGUGAACUGGUGGGUGCACGAGGUCCUGGGGCAGCCGUGCGUGGACGUGCACUUGCUCAAGAUCGACGCCGAGGGCAGCGAGUUCAGCGUCCUCCGGGGCCUGGAACCGCUGCUGGCGGAGCACAGGGUGCGCUUCCUGUUCCUGGAGUUCUGGCCGGUGGCGCUCAUGACGUGGGGCGACGAUGUUCACCUCCGUGGCCUGCGCAGGUGGCUCGCCCACUACGGCUUCCUCUGCCGUUUCCUGGGGACGCUUUGGGAGCCCGAGACCUUCGAGGAGUUCGUCGCGCGGCACACCACGGAGGCACAGAUGGCAGACUUCCACAUGGAGAACAUGUCCUUCAACGACCUGCUCUGUGAGGACCUGCACUGGGCGGACCCCUGCGGUCACGAGCGGGCCGCCGCGGCCGCGGGGCGGGAGCUCGGCUUCCGCGCCGCCGAGCAGCAGCAGCACGGGCACGCUGGACGUCCCAUGCGCAUGUGGAGACACUGCAGACGUGCUUUCCGAUUCUUCCACGACGCCACCGGCACCACGGCGCACGCCGUCACGACGCAGUUUGGGGUCAGCCAUGGCACGGCUACCAAGGCGCUGUACCGGCGCCUGCUUCCCGUGGAGGCCGACGCAGUGGAGGGGUAUGUCCGCCGCUGGCUGCGGGACCGCGGCAUCAGUCCACAGUGUGCCUUGGACAAUUUGUCGCGUCUCCCGGGCACCAUUCCACAACGCCACAGAUGGGCGCUUUUUCAAUGGCUCUUCAAUGCGCUGUCCACCGCGAAGCGCAUGCGUUUGCGAGGUGACGGCGGCGCAGACGCGUGCCUUCUGUGCGGGGGCGGCGAGGACAGCAUUAGCCCGACGGGGCGUCCCGGGGGCCAAGGCCGAGCAGGCGACGGUCUCAUUCAAAGCAGCUUCGGCGCCGUGCGCCUUCGGGACGGAGCGGCGCAGGGGCGCGUCGGCAGACUCCUGCCGUCGUACAGCAGCAACGUGGCAGAGUACGAAGGCAUGCUCUGCUGCUUCCGGGGCGCCCUGCGCUGGCCGGACACGGCGGUCACGCUCCAGGUGGGCGCCUUGCUGUUGGCAUGUCAGUGCAAUAUGGAGUGGCGAUGCCGAUCGCCAUCGCUCGUGCCUUACUGGGAGCAGGCAGCAGACUUGCUUCGGCUCCGCGCCAGCGGCACGACGUACAGCAUCCGGCACAUCUACAGAGAGUUCAAUGCGCUCGCCGACAGCAUCGCCAACGGCCAGGACAUCACGAGCGAUUGGUUGCUGUCGAACUCGUGGUCGAUCCUGGUCGAGCCUUCUCCAGGGCGAACUCGUCCUGAGCCGUCGUCUGCCGGCAAGGGCCCUCUGGAGAGCCCGCUGGCGGGCAGCGCCGAGGGGGGCGAGCUGCCAGAGCAGGUGGCGAAGGAGGGCGCUGGGGUCGGCCGGCCCCCGAGGGGCAGCGCGUACUCCAGGCUCGAGGCGCGGGCGGCGCGCACAGAGGGGCAGGGCAAGGCCGGGGCGCCGGAGCCGGGGCCCGCGGGCGCGGCGGCGGCGGCGGCGCCGCUGUCGCCCCUGCUGGCGACGGUGGCCAUGCUGAAGGCCAUGGUGGGCGGCGGCAUCCUGGCGCUGCCCUGCGCCUUCGGCCGGGUGGGGCUGGCCCUGGCCCUGCCGCUGCUGCCGAUCGUGGCGGGCCUGACGGCCCUGGGCACCCUGCGGCUGAUCCAGUGCCGGCUGCAGGCGGCGGACGAUUGCGGCAUGGGCCCCCUCGGCGUGAUCGCCCUGCGCGUGCUCGGGCGCCCCGGCCUCUGGGUGUGCGCCACCGCCGCGCUGCUGACGCAGUUCGGGAUCGGGGAGGCGGCGGUGCGGACGUUGCUGUUCUGCACCCUCUGCGCACUGUGCCUCGUCCGCGGCCUCGGCGGCCUCGCUUGGCUGUCGGCGGUGGCGCUGAUGGUCUACGCCUACAUGCUGCUGGCCCUGGCCAAGUUCGGCGCCCUCGCGAUUCGCGAAGGGGCGUCGCUGACGCUUGGAAGCGCCCUGCUGCCCAUGCGAUGGUGGGGCCUCGGCGGCUUCCUCGGCACCACGAUCUCGGCGUUCGAGGGCAUUGUGGUUGGCCAGUACAUUUUCGACGAGAUGCAGGUGGACAGCGUUGAGCCGUUCAAGCAGGUUCUGGUGAACAGCUACCUCGUGGCGACCACGCUGUAUGCAUUCGCGGGUGCCUUCGGCUACCUGGCGUACGGGGACGGCGUCGGCGAGGUCUUCUACCAGAGCUUCCCGCAGAGCUCCCUGGACGUGCGCGGGUGCGAGGUGGUACUCUGCAUCGUGCUGCUCAUCACGUUCGUGCUGCAGAUGUACCCCGUCUUCCGCUUCCUCGAGGGCGCAGUGGCGUGCGCUUCGGCGCCGCCCCUCGGGCAGGAGGGCCGCCGGGUGCCCUGCCAGGCCGCGGCGCAGCUCGCGCUGCGCUGGGGCGUGGUGCUGCUCACCUCGCUGGCCGCAGUCGCGAUACCGGGAGUGAACACCAUCCUGGCCUACGUCGGCGGCUUCUGCCUGAGCUCCAUCGGGCUCGUCCUGCCCGGUCUCAUCCACAUCAAGCUGAACGGCGGGGACCUCACGCGCCUCGAGCUAGGCGGCGACGUCCUUCUGAUCUCAGUCGGGCUUGUGAGCUUCGCGCUCACGAUAGUCGGCUGA